AUGAGGCAAGUUGAUAUCUGCUUUUCAGUCCCAGUGGUUCCGGUUGCCGUAGGCGCUGCUGUUGCCGGCGUGGGCGCCGUGGUGGCCGCAGCCGCGACAGCUCGAUACUUCCGAUCUCCACCAGCCGAGAUCCAGGCACAAUUCUCAGCGGACGCAGACGACUUUGCGGAUGAAGAUCAACGUGAGCAAAUGCAAAUCUUCGACGAAGACGAGUUCGCCGACUAG